ACGAAAUCAACCAAUCGGAGCUCGAAGAGGGGAAUUCAAAAAGCCUCGUGAGAUGCGAAUGAACACAAAUUCACAAAGCCAAACUCGAAGUGCGGAAAAGAAAUCGAAAAUUCUGUAGUUCUUAAUACGCUGUAAAGGACGAUCUUUGAUUUAUCGUGUAGGAGGCGCUUCUUGCUAUCUUACGAAACAAAUUUUGAAGUUGUAACUGUACAAAAAAUGGCUCAACGAAGAUUCGGAAAUGUAAGUUGUCGAAAUCAAUUAUCGAACACAUUUUGUUGUUGUGUGUUUUAGGUCUUCUAGCUGUGAUCUGAAAGAAAUCUAAUGCUUUAUACUGGUUCGUUGUAGGUUCUUUCGACUAUUUCUGAAGGAAAUAACCGAGAAAAUAUCGCAACUCGGGGCAAAGUGGCCGCCCAACGCGUGACAAGAUCGACGCUUGGUGAUAUUGGCAACAACGUUGGAACGUCGAUACAUGACGGAAAGGUCUGUUUCUAUUCAACUAUUUCGCUAAAUUCACCCACGAAAAGUUGCCUUACACUAUUCCAUAUUAAAAUUUGCCUUCCAUAGGUCGUCACACGCGCUCAAAAGGAGUUGAAUAUUCAGACACGUCGGCCUCUACACAAAUCGAAAGCAACCUCUUCGCUGUUGCCGAAAGCGGAGUCAAAAAAUGUCGAACAAAAAGAAAGAGCUCGCAUCACGGAUGCCAUGGACAUGGAUAGCGUACAAGAUGUUGUUGAACAGGUCUCGGAAGCCAUGAAACAUUGUGAAAUCACAAAUAUUGAUGCUGAUGAUUUUGAAAACCCCCAGUUGUGUGCCGAAUAUGCGAAUGAAAUCUAUCGCUAUUUAAUGAAAUACGAGGUAUUUAAUUUUGAAAUGCAAUAAUUGAAGUCUGCGACUCUGCGUUGCAAACGAAAAUAAGGCUCUGCUUGCAGGGUAGCUUAGGUGCUGUUUGAAGGUCUGUUCCUAUCGAGCCAGACUGGCCCGGUUAACCGAGAAAAUUCGUCUAAUAAAGGUCUUAUCACAGCUAUAGGCUUUGAUAAACAUUCAAAAUGCCAUUUCAAAGCUGAAUUAAUCAGGGUGUUUAUAUGGGAGCAAGCCAGCCAGGUACCCAAGCUAGUUUGCUUUGCCGAGAAAAUUUCAUCUCAUAUUUACAUUCAGAGACUUUUGGGGUGGGCUGGCUCGCCAAAACAAACUGCGGAAAUUUUACACUUUACUGUACCGGAGAUGUGACAUGAUUCAUCCCAGCUAGCUAGCCGAGCCAGCCCAGUUGAUAUGAAUGAAAGCCCCUAAAUGAAAGCCAGGCUGACCGACCAACUAGCCCACUAUAGAAUUUUUUCCUCCUGUGUGCCUAUGCAUUCAGUGCUUACACUUAGCCAGUACCCCCGAAAAUGGUGAAUAAUCAACAUUGAUCAUAUUGACAGAAUGACGGAUGUGGACUGGAGUAGUCCAGUUGAACAUAGAGGUCAUUCCCUUUCUUAUCUGUUGUAAAUUUUCUCUCUUGAUAGAAAGAUUUUUGCAUCUGCGACUACUUGAAAGAUCAAAAGGAAAUCAAUGAAAGAAUGCGUUCGAUCCUUGUCGAUUGGCUUGUACAAGUUCACGAGAAGUUCCGCUUACUCCAAGAGACCCUGUACAUGACCGUGGCCUUUGUGGACAGAUACUUAGCUGUAAGUAAUAUUGUAUUACUAACCCUGAACAAUACAUAUUAUAAUGGUUCUUGCCAAUGGUAUUCUUCACAUUCCAGAAGACCCUGACAUCCUAAUAGGGUGCUGGGUGAGGUGGCAAAUACUGGCAUAUUUCUAGACUGAGCUGUUUGGUAUAUUUGGUGCAUGAAUUUUAACUCGAAUUUUAAUAACACUCGACAGGGCAGAAAAAAAGAAUUUUCUUCCUGGGAGCACAACCUGGAGAUUUCAGACCAACAGGGUAUUUUUGUGCUAAAUCUGCAUGUCCAUGAACAUAUAGUGUUCUAGCUGACCAUCCGGUUUUAAAUUCAACAACCAUAUGUUGUUGUGCCCAUAUAGUGGGACAUGGGUGUUAAGAUUUCCUUCAAAUUUCCAAUAGCAUAUCUAACAAAUUUCCUGCAACUGUUUAACAUUUCCUGCGAGCAGUGCUGACCUAUUUUUAAAACCCCUGUGAAUCAUUGCGAGUAUCUGCAUAAACCAGAUUCUGCUAUUAAUAGUAGUACUAGAUCUACGAGACUUUUUGUAUUCCCCGCAAUUUUUGAUAUGCUGAAAUCCUCAAUACUAAUCUACUAUUACACAUUUUGUGCCCAAAAAGGCGAUUUAAACAAUGUCUGACUCUGUGCUCGUAUGGUAACAUAUUAAUUUUUCUGUUUUCACCAAUUUCUGUAGAAAGAAUCUGUGCCCAGAAGCGAACUGCAAUUAAUUGGUGUAACUGCAAUGCUCCUGGCUUCAAAGUACGAGGAAAUGUAUGCUCCCGAGAUAGGUGACUUUGUUUUCAUCACAGAUCAAGCAUAUGACAAACCUAAAAUCCGCAAAACCGAAUCAAAAAUGCUCGCAGUCCUGGACUACCAACUUGGUGCCCCCUUGUGCCUUCACUUUUUACGAAGACACUCGAAAGCUGCUGUUGUAAGUUUGCACCUAAGUGACCUAACGUUUUAUACCAAAUGCACUCGGUAUUAAUUACUGUAACUAUUGAGAAAAAUUAAAUAAUAUCCUCUAAAAUAUAAUUUCCCCCCAUCUAGUCACGUGCUGAAACGCACACAAUGGCAAAAUAUUUCAUGGAAUUAAUGCUAGUUGAUUAUGCCUCUGUGAAAUUUCUACCCUCGUUGAGAGCUGCAGGUGCGCUGUAUCUUUCUCUGAAACUACUGGACAAGAAAGAAUGGGUAAGUUCAUGGAAACUACGUCACUUCGGCUUUAUAGAGGCUUUAAGCCCUGGGCAAAUUGGGAAACAUUGUUUCCUACCAAUGUUUCGCCUGAUGUUUCCAAAAGUGGGCAAACACUAAAAAACAGUGAGAAACAUAGGGAAACAUCAAAUGUUUCUGAAUUAAUGGUAGGAAACAUUUUUGCUUCCCUGGAAGCAAAUUUUGUUUCCGCAACAAUGUUUCCACGGGUGGGCAAACAUGGAAACAUUUGAGGAAACAUCGAGAAUCACAAAUGUUUCCGCAACAAUGUAACCUGGUUUGCCCAGGGCUUUAGUGAUUGACCGAUUGUGCAGCAAUCGGAAAUUACCGAUUAUUCAUGCCACAAUCUACCCGAUACCGAUGUUAUAACGACGUCAUAAUAUCAGUCGAUAAUUUUUAACGAUAAUUAAUGAAUGGCACGCUUCACGCAUUAAUUCCGUUCCGGAACCGGAACUGAUUUAUUAAGCCAUAUAUAGUCGCAUGUUGCUUUUGUCUGCUGUCAGACAGGCAGACACUUCAAUUAGUCGUCAAGGAGAGACGUCAUAUGAAGUGUUAAUAAUGUACAUUUUCCUUGUGUAGUCGAGAUUUCGUCCCACUGUCGGAACUUUUGUUAGACACAAAAACUUUUGAUAUAUUCUAACUCUCUGAAACCGAAUUCCGGUGCACCCCUAAAUUUAAAACCUAAGUCCUAACCAAUUUUAUUGUUUCUGCAGGACGCAACAUUAGAACACUACAGUACGUACUCAGAACGCACGCUUAAACCUUGCGUGAGACGAAUUGCACAGUUGGUUAUCAAGGCUAAGAACAAGGAUUCAAAACUCACAGCUGUUACGAAUAAAUACGCCAAACACAAAUUCCUGAAAGUUAGCCAAUCGCCUUCUCUCACGACGGAUCAACUUUUUUACUACGCUGAACAAUUGUGGUGAUUCUUUUUAAUUAAUACGGUAACAUUCGGGCGAGACACUACAGUCGUGAUCAUAAUUCGAGUGGAGUCUUUUAAUAGUUUUGAAGAAUAUUAGGUUUUCUUAAUUUUAACGCGGUGUAUAUACCGUUCAAAUACAGAGACACAAAGUACUGGACAUAUUAUAUUUAGUUUUUUAUACAGUUCAUAUGAUCCUCAUACUGUAUAUAUCCGGCGUAUAAGAAUGAUUUUCAAAGUUUGCUGCAAAUUGCAACAAAGCCACAGAAUAAGCGGGGUAAUGUUGAUGCGCGUUUUUGAGAAUUCACGAGAAAAAAACCUUUUUACAUUGUAAAAUGCAUAAUUGAGUCUGAUUUUAUUGCAAGUUGCAACUAUUUAAGAUCUCGCUCAGGCUAGGGGCUAAAUCCUGAAAUUUAACAUUGUUGUUAUUUGCGCAUUGUAUGAAUUUUGUGCACAGACGAGGAAAGCAUUGAAAACUGUGCAAAAAAAUAGAUCUAUAUUAAACAAUAUAUAACCGACUUUUUAAACCCUCUUCUUCAUACUUUGCAUUGUAUACUGUAUGCGUAAUACUGUAUGCGUAAUAUUUAAUUUUUAUUGAUACCAUAUGAUACAAAUGUACAUAAGAUGACUAGAUACUAAUUAAAUGUUCUUAUGCUACUAAAGUGCCA